AUGACCACGGAGUCUUCAGCUGUCUUUGUUGCGGUCCGUGUUCGUCCUUUUGGCCCGAAGGAGGAUCCAUUUUCGUGCGCAAUUACAGUUCCGAAUAGUAAAACGAUCACGCUGACUGAUUUACCCGCGCUUUUCGGGAGUACUAAUAGCGGAGGCAGUAAUGGUACUCCGCCCCUUGGUGCUAUUAGCAGUGUGUGCGUGAACACCGGGUCACCUCUUUUCACCCAGACGACCACGGGGCAUGGCUGCACUCCGUUUGAACAUUCCUUUAGUUUUGACAAAAUAUUCUGGAGCGUGCCGGUGGACGUGCUGCCGUUGUCCAGGACGAGCUUGACAAGCGAACGGUGUAAUUUUUCCUUUUUAUCACCCCAGACGGAUUUCUCACGGAUGGCCUCGAGCUGUGCAAACUCUGCGGAGUGGUCGUCAGGGGGGGGGGGAGGGGCCUCGGCGGCCUCGCCCUUAUCACAAACCCUCCCUUGCUUGGCUUCCGCCCCGGCCUACGACAGCCAGGCGUCGGUCUAUGAGUUUAUUGGGCCCCGCAUUUAUGCGGCUGUGAUGAAAGGCUUCAAUGCCUGUCUGUUUGCCUAUGGGCAGACCGGAAGCGGCAAGAGCUAUAGCAUGAUGGGGGAUUCCGAGAUCCUUUUUGCCUCGACGACAUCAAUGGUGAAAAAAACACAACCCCUUGUAGGGGUCCCGACUCACACGGAACCUGGCUAUGGUAUUAUCCCGCGUCUCAGCGCUGACCUAUUCCAGUGUAUGCGGGAGGAGCGGGAACAAGAUGAGGCGGUUUCGUACACCGUCGAGUUGAGUUUUCUAGAGAUUUAUUGCGAGAAGGUUCGAGAUUUGUUAGUUGCUCGCGGUAGUAGUCAAAGCAGCCCCAACUCGAAUGUGGGUUCAUUACGGAUUCGCCAGCACCCCAUCAACGGGCCGUACGUUGAAGGUCUUUCACAUAUUCGUGUGCGCGAUGCGGCGAGUGUGAUUAAAAGCCUGACCAGCGGCAUGCGUGAUCGAGUCACGGCUGAGACCAAAAUGAAUGAACAUAGCAGCCGAAGUCAUGCCAUUUUACAGCUUAAGAUUACAAAGGUGACGGCGGUGUCGGACGAGGCUGGGGUGGUCCCCAAGACGUGCGUUUGCAAGGCCAGCUUAGUCGACUUAGCGGGGAGCGAGCGUGUUUCUCAGUCGGGUGCCGUUGGGACUCGUUUUGAGGAGACUCGGAAUAUUAACCUCUCGCUAUCGAGCCUCGGUCGUGUGAUUCAACAGUUGUCUGAUAAACAGUCCGGGAAGCAUGUCAUUCCUGCUUAUCGCGAGAGUGCGCUAACCUGGCUCCUCUCGGAUAGUAUUGGCGGGAAUAGCAAGACAAUUCUUCUCGCCACCGUCGCGCCGACUGCGUACUGCCACGCGCAGACAUUAAAUACGCUUCGAUUUGCCGGUGUCGCGAAGAAAAUUAUCAAUGUGGCCUCUGUCAACGAGGAUCAACAUCUAGAAAAACUUGUCUUGGACCUCCGUCGACAGAUUGUGCGCCUAACGCUUCAAUUGGAAACUGGUAAGGCGGCUGAGGUUCAUAUCGCUGAAAUUGAGUCCCUCAAGGCGGAACGGGAUGAACUCCGCAUUGAGAGCAACGCCCUGAAGGCUAAGGAGGCUGCAAAAGUUGAUAAUUCUGUCAUGUUAUUAUUGAAAAAACGUGUAGCAGAGCUUGAAGAGGAAAAUGGAAAGCUUCGUAACGAGAAGCUUGAACAUCAGCAGCGCUUCCUGACCUCUACGUCAACUCUACGUGAAGAGCUGUCCAAAAGCCGCGCCGAGCUGAUGAGUCUAAAAAGCGCCUAUGAUAAAGAGAUUAGGCAGGCGCCGCAUUCCCCUAGUAGUACACAGCGUCAACCUAAUGAUAACUGUAAUAACUUUUUAGUUUCAGGCUUUGUAAAUCGACGAAAGGGCGACACAAACGUCGGCUCUAGCACCAAUACUUCCAUCGAUUCUGUUCCAUUUAUUGAUUCUAAACAGCAGAAGCUUAACAGGGAAGUAUCACGACUUGGUAAGCAAGUUCAGGGCCUUGAGAAAAGUCUCAAGGAUGCAAGACACUCCGUUUCAGAAGCGAAAAACUCAGCACAAGCCUUAAAGGACGAAUGCGAUGGCUAUCGUGUGCGCUAUGAUGAAAGUAAACGCCAACUAGCCUCCCUACACGAACGCAUGCAAAAAACAAUGAGUCUUUUAGAAACGACACAGUGCGAGCUAGCGGCAGUGAAGGGCGCAUUACCAUCAGCUUCGCCGGAAGUACGGAAGAGCACACAGGAUCACGCUGCUUCUCUUGCUUCACAGCUCUUGGAGACUCGAGAGAGCUACCUCAAUGAGAAGCAAACCAAUGUGGAGCUUCUUCUUCGAGCCUCCCUCUUGGAAAAAGAGCGCAACCAUUAUAUCAAUCUGGUUCAUGAGCGGUACGCCGAUAUCAAUGAGAUAGAGUUGAUGCUACUGGAGGAGACUGAGACAUCAGAACGGUACUACCUCCGCAUGCGCUUCUACCGCACGAUAAGUGAGCUCCAGCAAAUCUUUACAAAUAAACUGCUCUUUGAUGCUGUAGAGGGAAUCGGGAUGCGUUCAAACAAGGAAAAGCGCUUCAACCAAAUAUCCUUGCUAUCCCCUCCUUCUUUCCCACCUGCAAACUCUUUCAGGGAGAUAGAGAACUGUAAAAAUCAUGCUGUAGCAACUCGAUCAACACUAACAAACCAUAAACAGUCUAAUAACAUUCUAGCGGAGUCAACAAACCCCAAUCAACAGUAUCUCCACACUUCGUUUGAUCUCCUUAACACGCAACUAAAGUACGAGUGUCUCUUUGAUGAGUCCCAGCACCGUUAUCAGAUUGAACAGGAAUAUUUCAAAAAUAUUGUCAGUCUUCUGUUGAGACAAUCUCGCCUUCAACGAGCUCAGGUAUUGUACCAGAGUGAAUUACUCACCGAAGUCCGAGAGCAGCUUGAAUUGGGAACUGAUGAUGUUAGUUUUAUAAAACAAAAAUUCAAAGCAAGAAACGAAGCGCUAGAAGAGAGCCUAGAAAAGCAAGCUGCUGCGGAGGAAGCAUUGCGUCUAUGUGAGGUGGAAAACAUGCGUUUAUCCAUCAAGCUCAAGGCCGCAGACGACCGAACCGUAGAUCUUGAAGAAAACUUCAAUUCUAUGGUAGAAAAGCUUGCAUCCAUGCAGAGUGCGUAUAGUUCCCUCGAGGAACGGUGUCAUCUAGCGAUGAAAGCUGCCACAGAGGUGCAGGGUGGGCUUCUGUCAGACAGUGAGGGUAACCUGAGUAAUACCUCAAAGGAGGAGUUCAGUACGGGGUCCUCAUGUGAAGCGAAGGAUAACACCCACGUCUCUGCUCCAAAACGAUACAUCCCAAAGGAUGAUGAGAUCUUCUUGAUGCCAAACACUCAAGCAAUUCACAGGACAGCGCCGGAUAUAGGGACUCUGAGAGAAUUUCUACAAAAGGAGCUAGAAGCAUCCUUAGAAAAGAACAAGUUCCUAGAAUCAGAGGUUGCGACGCUUCGCACCGAGCUUGGGGUUGUACACGCCAAGGAAGAACGGCACACCGCCGUAGAUGCUGCGUAUCGCGAGCAACAUCAAUUAGAACUGGAUCUUCUCAGGAAGCAAAUCGAUAACUUAACGCGUUCUAACACAUAUUUAUUGACCGAAAUCGAUACUGUGGUGCGGGACUGUAAUCAACGUGUGGAGCAGCAGCACGCCCUCGUCGCGAUGCUGCGGAACUCACUCAACGAAGAGACCGACACCGCGGACCUCCGCCAGGAGACGGUGUACAUACUAGAAAAUAAACUUCGUACGUUGCAGGAUAACUACAACACAGUAAUGGAGCGCAACACGCAGGUCGAGUCAUCCUAUCAUACGCUGGAGGCGCGAUAUAGUCACCUUCAACGUGAAUUGAAGAAGUUGCAGAUGCAAUACAAUGAGGUCCGCGAUCAGCUUCUCGAGAUGGGUAGCCGAGUACCGGAGCUGUAUGUGCUUCUUGAGCGGGGGAUAUCCGAGGACACUGCCACGUGGCUGGACAAGAUUAAAUGGGAGAAGGCGAAUUUGGAGCGCCAAAAAAAAGACGCUCAAAACCUCCGAAAAGAGCUUCUAGAACACGUGAGACUCCGUAACUCAAACCUGCAGGAUGUCCAGCGGCAGUUGGAAGAAAUUGUGGAGACAUCUGUCCAUAGCAACGUCGACAUGGUGAGUACAGUGGCGUAUGACGAGGAAUCACAUGCGAUUGAUACCGCUAACCUUACGAUGAGUGAGGUCUCAAAUAUCGGCACUGAAAUGUCGUUGACUAGCAUGAAUGUCUAA